AUGCAAUCUCGUGAUUACAAAAGCUCCUCCCCCUUCCUUCUCCUUCCUACUCCUCUUCCAACGAAAGGAAAUAUAUCCAAAGUCGAACACAAAAAACUAAUGUUCAAACGCAUUGAGAGAAAACGAAAACGGCAAGAAGAAGAAGAAGCAUUGGGGCUUGAUGAAGAGGUGAAGGAGGCUUUGGGGAUGGGUGGGGUGGAUUCGGAUUCGGAAGAGUCUGAUGAUGAAGAGUCAGGAAGUGAAGAGAAUGGGGAUGAAAUUGAGGAGAGCGAGGAAGUUGAGGAGGUGGAGGAGGGAGAUUCUAAUGAUGUCGAUGAAGAGGAAACCGAGGAUGUAGAUAUGAAAAUUAAAGACGACUCGGAAUCCGAAGAAGAGAAACCUCCGACGAUUUCAAAACGUGCUUUGAAAAAGCAAGCCCGUCAACAAAAGAUUCAAAAAAUACGCGAACGACACGCGAUUUGGAAACAGGAGAAGCUACAAGUCGCGUCAAAGGUCUCUUCUACUCUUAAAACAACUCCCUCGACAAGUUCGUUUUCCUCAAAAAACACUCCUCGUCGACAUCAAAGAACUGUCACUACUACUACUACUACUACAUCCUCGAAAUCAUCUCCGACAAUAAAGGAUCCUGUCGCUGCCAGUCGUGUGGACGCAGUUGACAAUGCCCAGAACAAUAAUACAGGAGGUCUCGAGAAGGAAAAUGGUGCGAGGCCAAAAUCUCAAACUCAAUCCAAAUCCAAAUCCAAACCGGACGCCGCUGUGACGCAUGUGAAGGGCAAGGCUGCUCUCAAAUCGCCAUCGUUGUCCUCUGCGGGCAAAUCUGUGGCAGGUGACGCGGAUGUUGGGGAAGAGGGGAAGAAGAAGCAAGCGGCGACGCGGAGGAGCGAGUCAAAUGUGAUAGUGAAGAAGAAGAAGAAGAAGAAAGAGAAUAAUGGGAAAAGGGAUAUAGUUUUGUCGAAUCAGGGGGACAUCAACGGAUAUGAGAGAGAGGGAGCGGUAGCCAAAGUCAAACCUCAAAAAUCGUCACCGACACGGACGAACACCACUGUCGCAUAUCGAUACGAAGCUAACAAAGAAAAAAAAGCAGUAGAAAGAAGCUCGAGUAAUCUUGAUGAUGCCCCAACGACUCGGUUGGUGUCUACUUUGGACUCUGGAAUGGAAUUGGGAUUGGAAUUUGGAUUGGGCGAGGAACGUUCGAGGAAGAAGAAGAAGAGGAAGAUGAAAAGGGGAGGCGCGUGA